AAUUACUUUUUCCUUUAUGAUGGUUCGAAGGUUAAGGAAGAAGGAGAUCCUACGAGUGCCGGGAUUUGUUAUUUUUAUCCUUCUCAGACUCUCCCCGACCAGCAGGAACUGCUGUGUGGACAGAUUGCCGGCGUGGUGCACUGCAUGACUGAGAUUUCUGGAGUUCCUCCAAGUCUCAUUCGCCUGAGGAAGCUCAAGUUUGCGGUCGUAGUGGAUGGAGAGUAUCUGUGGGUUCUGGGCUGUGCCGUUGAGCUCCCUGAUGUCAGCUGUAGGCGGUUUCUGGAGCAGCUGAUCAGCCUCUUCACCUUCUACAACGGACCUGUGCACCGUGCGUACGUGGCAUUUUCUCAGGAGGAGCUGAGCAGGCAGUGGGACAGAUACAUUGAACAUAUCCUAAAAAACACCAGUGACCUCCAUAGGAUUUUCAAUUCUCUCUGGAAUCUGGACAAAACCAAGGUGGACCCCCUGCUUUUACUGAAAGCAGCUCUCAUCUUGCAGACUUGCCAGCGGUCUCCUCACGUCUUGGCAGGCUGCAUUCUCUACAAGGGCUUGAUUGUGAGCACCCAGCUGCCACCUCCUCUCACUGCCAAAGUUCUCCUGCAAGGCAGCGAGUCUCCAGGCCAGAGUGAGCCUGGAGGUGAGGAGCAGCGGGAGCCUGAUUCUCCGUGGCCGCAGGGUGUCCGUAUCAUCCCGGUAUUCCUAACAGAAGGUGAAGUCUCAGUGCUCCGAGACUUCCCAGUGGAGUGGAUGACGAGGUCAUCCGUGUCCCCAGCAAGCCCUAGAGGAGAGAAGAAUGCUCUCAGCUCCCAGGUGGUUUCAGAAUCAACAGGACACCUGAAUAAUAUCUCUGUGCAGGAGUCCCCUGAGCAAGCUUCAAGCACAGCUGCACCAGAAGACGCCGUGCAAUCAGGCAGCGUUGCAAGUGCAGGUCCUUUGAAGGGCUUCCCUGAAAUGGAAGGGAGCACAAAGAAUUCUCCAACUGCAGAACUGAGCAGCCCAGACAGCAAAAGCUCUGAGGUCAGUAGAAAAGCAUCCUUCCCAUCAGAGAGAGACACCAAACAGCUCCCAAGCCCUUCCAGUCUCCGUACUGCUGAAUAUACUCAAGCUACAGGUCCAUAUCUGGAAGACUUUUCCUUUCCAAACCCUAAUACUCGGGAGCAGGAGAGUCAGAACAUGGGGAAAUCCCUUGUGGACUCGGAUGUUGAGCAACGUGGUUUCCAAAGUUAUCAUGCAGCCGGUGGCAGUCCUGCUAUUUGCUCUCCUGCCCAAGAUUUGAGCGAAAGGAAGUUGAGUGAACAAGAUGAGCAAGAGACUCUGAGCCAAAAUAAUGUCUCUGGAGACAGCAGCGGUGCAGCUGGUGGCAACGUGUGGGGUUCGGAUUGUCCGGGCACUGCUGUGCAAUCGGAGCUCCAAAGCGGGAGCCAGCUGCCGGCUGUGGGUGUUCAGGAGAGCCUGCCCCGUGACCCAGCAGAGAACACACGCUGUCCCAGGAGCAGGGAGGGCGGCUGGCCACCUCGGGAGGAUGGUCUGGGAGCCCAGACUGGCAUGGAGUCAGGCAAACAGUGCAAACCAGUUAAGAUGAGCUUGUACGUUCACUGCAUUAAGGGGCUCGUGCUCUCGCUGCUGGCCGAAGAGCACCUUGGGGAGGACCGGAGCUCCGUUGAAGAUGUGUACCGCAGCAGCCUGGCGUCCCUCAACGGCCUCGAGGUUCACCUGAGGGAGACGCUGCCCAAAGACUCCUCAUCCUCGGCCAAGACAACCUACAGCUUCACUCACUACGACUGCAUUCAGAAUGUGCUUACAGCCAACCUGCCCCAUACGCCCGGACCUCUGGAUCGGCACUUCCUGAGAGCUGCUACGCUGAUCCACUCCGACUUCAGCCAGCUUCCGACUGCUUCCGAGGUGAUAAUUAGGAACGCCUCCACGGCCGUGUACGCCUGCCGGAAUCCCGUCCAGGAAACCUACUUCCAGCAGCUGGGUGCUCCGCUCCGCAACUCGGGCGUUCCCAACCCUCACGACAGUGCGUUCAGCUUGCCGGGCAAGGCCAAGCAGAAGCUGCUGAAGCACGGAGUGAACCUGCUUUGA